AAAUAGCGUCCGAUGAAAUGCAGGAUCAAGAAGUGCAGGAUAAACCAAAUGAAGAUUUUCCUCCAUUGCCCUCCAUUCCUCAUAUGGUAGCACAUAACGUAGACAAACAUGGCGCAUACCGUGAAUCUCGCAAAUGAACCGCAGUGUUGAAUCCUAAUAUACGGCCUUGGUUGAAUCUUGAAUCGCACCGCGGACGGUGAACGCCAUUGAACCACAGGGUUACGCUGCCUGCGGAGAGAUAUAUUAGCUGGGUGUCGUUGAAAUCUUAUAUUUGAAUUGCUCCCGCAGAAAGUAUUAUUUCUACUUCUACUGUCCGCGCAACAAGGUCUACCUUGACCAUUGAUCUAACGUUUGAGGUGUAAGAAGCAGUGUUUGUUCGCAGCUCUCCAUAAUGUCUCACACCAUUCUGUUGGUUCAACCGAGCGCCAAGGCCGAGUCACGCAGUUACUCAGACUACGAGAGUGUCAAUGAGUGCAUGGAAGGUGUGUGCAAAAUAUACGAGGAGCACCUGAAGAGGAUGAAUCCGAAUACGCCCAGCAUCACGUACGACAUCAGCCAGCUGUUCGACUUUGUCGACCAGCUCAACGACCUCUCCUGCCUAGUGUAUCAGAAGAGCAGCAACACUUAUGCGCCUUACAACAAGGACUGGAUCAAGGAGAAGAUCUACAUUCUGCUCAGACGGCAGGCCUCCAAGGCCCAGUGAGCGGCAGCCGCCAACGCCCGGAUCGGCGCUGCAGCGCGCGUCUCAUGUGUUUCUCAUCCUGGGAGAGGGCGGACCGAGCGGCCGUCCGCGGCUCGGGCGGUACGUGGGGAGGGGGUGGGAGGGAGCCAGGGGGACAACUGUCCAUGUCGCAACUCCGAGUCCAAGUCAUGUCCAGAUGAUAGCGUUGUCAUUCUAAUAAACAUUUCGAGGUAACCAUG